GGUACCAUCUACUAAUUUGCAAAAAAAUCUCAAGGAAUCUUUUAACAGAACUGAAAUGAUUUGUGGAAAUUGUAAAGCAAAUCAGGCCCAGUGGCAGUGUGAUAAAUGUGAACGUAAUUUCUGUAAUGCUUGCUUCGAUGAGGUUCAUGUCCAUUUGAAGAAGCAUGAAGGAAAGAAAUUGUUUGCUGAAGUGUAUAAUACCAUGGUACAAAAUGGCUGUCCCGAUCACAAUAAUAAAGACAUAGAGUUUUACUGUGAACUUGACAACAAACUUACAUGCAGCUUUUGCAUGCUUAUUGGAUCACACGUUGGUCAUGAAGUAAAGACACUUGUAGAUAAAAACAAAUCUUGUGCUGAAGAUUUAAAAAGAGUUUUGACAGAAAUUACUGAAGUGCAGAAACGUAUGAAAUAUACUGAUCAUUUGCUGGCCGAAGCUAUACCUACGCAAAAGGUGGAUAUAUCUAAAUACAUAAAAAAUGUUCAUGAUCACUUUCAUGAAUUACAUUCAUUAUUACAAUUAAGGGAAACUGAGCUUAUUUCUCAGCUGGAGGAUAUAUCACAUCACAAUAUUCAACCUUUGGAAAAAAUGAAAUCAGAAGUAUCUGCUUACCACAAAGAUUUGAUUGCUGUAAAAGGAGAUGCUGAGAAAGUUGUUGAAAAUCCAUACCUGGCUGUAAGUGCUCCUGCUUUGCUAAAGAAAUUGGAAGAAUUCAAGACACUGCCUUAUUAUCUUGUGGGUAUCACUGAUGGUAAAGACGAGUCAUUAAACAUAGAUUUUACUAUAGAUCCAGAAUUUGACAACAAGAUUAAAGAUCUUUGCAAAAUUAGUGUCACUUUCUCUCCAAAAUUUACCUUGAAGGCAAAAGAUGAAUUACCGGAGAACUAUACUCACGAAAUGCCUGAGAAAUUUUCUACUUAUGAUGAUUCCAAAUCUCUUACUACGGCAGAAUCCUUUUCAGAAGACAGCUUAUCUGUUAAAAGUCAUAAAAGUUCUAACCACAUGGGCAUUCAAAAGUCCCUGAAAUGUAGAGAGUUCACUAGAAAUGUUCCUGAGGAAGUUGUUGCCUCUCAUAUUAUAAGUCCAUCUAGUUUUUGGGUGCAAAAAUUGAGUGACAGGAGAAAACUACAUGAAUUGUCUGAAGCCAUGAACAGAUGGUGUAAAUAUGAGGGCAAGAAGCACCAUGUAGAUAGUGUAGAGAAAGGUGAUUUAUAUAUUGUGCAAUACAGUGCUGACAAACGAUGGUAUCGUGGUCGAGUCAAAAAAGUAUUUGAGCAUGGUGAAUCUUUUGAUGCAAAAGCUCCUGACAAGGCAAAAAGCCCUGAACUUCUUACAAAGAAUCGAGAUCCUAUGGUGGAAGUUAUUUAUAUUGAUUAUGGAAAUUCUGAAAUAGUUCCUAUGACAAAAUUUCGGCACAUCCAAGCUCGGUUUUUGAAUCUUCCUGGCCUAGCAAAGGAAUGCUCUCUCAUCGGUAUACAACCAGCCAAUGGUGUUGAUUGGAGUCCAGUUGCUUUGAGCACUUUUACAAAAUUUGUAGAAAAGAAAAACCUUCUUAUGCAGACUUAUGAAGAACGCAAUAAUAUUUUGUUUGUUGACUUGUCGCAAAAACCCGAUAGCAGUAUAGCCUGUGAUACCCCUGUCUCUGUGAGAGAUGCAUUGGUAUUUCUUGAACAUGCAGUGUUCCCCGCUGGAGUUACAUCACCAGGUAAAAACAGUAGACUUGAGAGACAGUUUUUGCCUCCAGAGCAGCUACGUGCAAAUUCUAAUAUUUGUGCAAUACUUAGCCAUGUUAACAGUCCAUCAUAUUUCUAUAUUCAGCAGCUAUCAACUGCACCUUACUUAUCAAGUUUGAUAUUUGAUAUGAAUGAAGCGUAUAGUGACGAACAUACAGUAUUAUUUCAUGGAAUUUAUGCUCCUCGCGUUAACAUGAUAUGUGCGGCUCAGUUUACUCUGGAUCAGCAAUGGUAUCGUGCAAUAGUGAAAAGUUUGCCUGGCGGGACAAAUGUUGAAGUACAAUAUAUUGAUUUUGGAAAUACUGAAGUAGUUCAUUACAAGCGUUUGCGAAAACUGUUUGACAAAUUUAACAAGCUUAACAUCCAAGCAAUACCAUGCAAAUUGGCUGAUAUUGCUCCGAAAGGAGAAAGGUGGACAACUGAGGCUGUUGAAUGGAUGACCAAAAACAUAUCAAAGAAGAAAGUUCAGUUAAAAUCAUUAGGACUGAUUCCUGGCGAAAACAUCGCUAAUGUUGUACUGAGCUACACUGAGGGUGAAUUUGAAGUUUGUGUGAAUGCUCUAAUGGUAGAAGAAGGACUUGCAGAAUCCACUGGCGCCCACUCUUCAUGCCUUGCUCGUGUUCGGAAAGAAAGCUCCAAAGUAGCAAGACCAACAUUGCACAAGGUUAGUAGUCCUCCAGUUGCAGUACACAGCAUGAAGCCAAGAAGUGCAGAAAUUGAACCAGAUAAACAAAAGAAAUCCUAUCCAUCGUUAGUCAAGAAAUAUCCUACCACUGAUGGUAAAACAAUGGAUGUCAUCGUUAGUAAUGUUUUAACCCCGGCUUUGUUUCACAUCAGAAUUGCAAGUGAUCUCGAAAAGAAAUUAACAGCAUUAAUGACUGAAAUGCAGAAAGUAUAUGAAAAUAGCCAGUAUGAAGUACCCGAGUGUGUCAUUGGAAAAUCCUAUGUUGCAUUUAGCAGAUCAUUAAGAAAAUGGUGCCGGGCAAAUAUUGUAUCCAAAUUGGCCGAUGACAUUUUUGAAGUGUUUUUAGUCGACUUUGGAAGCACGGAACAGGCUGCCAAAAAAGACAUUCAAAAACUGUUGGAAAACUUCACACAUGAUGAGAGUUUUGCCCUUCGUUGCCACCUCGAAGGUAUUAUCCCUGCAGGUGGCAGUUCUGAGUGGUCGCAAGUCUCUUGUGAAGCCUUCCAACAAUUGGUUGCAACUCAUGAGAAAUUUCUGGUAACAACUAAGGGUGAAUUAGAGGAUGGUUCAUUAGGUGUAGAAUUAUUUUAUGAAGAACUAGUGAGAGGCGGUGCCCUGGAACCUACAAAAAUUGAAUUUAGGAGUAUUACUAAAGAACUCGUAAACCGAGGCCUAGCUUUGAAAAUUCGAGCGAAAAGUAACAGUGUGUCUCCUCCCAAAAAGAAUGAAAUUUUAAAGAGCCCCGAAAAAAAUACCUGCCACAAAGAACAGAAUGGAUGUGACGGAGAGAAAGUUUCAAACGAACUGACUGCAGAAACGCCUGUUGAUUGUUGUGAAUCAGGAUCAUCUGCAAGUAUGACAUCUGCAGAGAAUCCUCCUGAGAGUAAAGAAAAUGUUGUUAUUGUUAAUGAAUCUCUUCCCUGCAAAGUUGAAGAGGUAGUCCAGGACAAUGAAGCUAUUAUUAAUAAACCGCCGAAGAACCAAUGGUUACCGAGGGUUGUUCCAAAAGAGCGAAGGUUCAAGGGUUUAGUUACAAACAUUGAUCAUACCGGCAGCAUUCAUCUCUAUCAUGUGCCGGAACAAGGCACCAGUCCAGUUCCAACCAUUGUAAGCGCUUUGCAGUUUAAAUUUCUUAGUUCAGCUUAUGAACCUCCACAAGAACAACUUCCAAUUGGAGAAGCUUGCAUUGCAAAAUUUGAUAUGGAUUCAUGUUGGUAUCGUGCAGAAGUUAUAGAGCAUUAUCCUGGAAGGUGUAAAGUACACUUUGUUGAUUAUGGCAACUAUGAAAGAGUUCUUCUCACUGAUAUCCGAACAGAUAUCAUCUUGCAAACUAUUCCUCGUCAAUGUAUUGAAUGCAAAAUCCAAGGUAUUGAACUUGGAUACGAUGGGAACAACGAAGUGUUAAAUUUUUUACAUGUGCAAUUGGUAGAUAAAACUGUAGAAGUUGAGCAACUUGGUGAUCCUGAUGAGCUUGGAAGAAUUCCGUGCAAUAUAAUUACUUCCUGUGGUAUUGGUGUUGCUGAACUUCUGGAAACUAUGAACUUUGUGAAACCUAGUCCUGCCAUCAACCCACCCUGUCCUCCUACAAAUAUUAAGCAGGAGGCCAUAAGAAUGUGUCGAACGUUUAAAAAGGCAACUGAGCUUCAAGAGGGAGAUAUUUUUCCAGUCUGUGUUUCCCAGAUCAAUAGCCCUAAUAUAGUAUAUAUUCAAAAAUUGAAGAUAAGUAAUCCGAAAUCGGAUGUUGAAAAGAAGCACAAUGAAGAACAUGAAGCUUUUUUGCAACUUAUUGAAGACUUGCAGGAGAAAGCGGAAUCGUUUCCCCCUGUUUCAGAUCCAAUGCCAGGAAUGGCUUGUUGUGCCAAAUAUAGUUAUGACAACAAUUGGUAUCGUUGUGAAGUGACAAAUCUAGGCGAGAAUGAUGUAGAAGUUUUAUAUGUUGAUUAUGGGAACUCCGAAACUCUACCUGUAAAUAAUUUAAGAAGUCCAGAGGACUUUUUCAUAGAGUUUCCAGUUCAGGUGCAUUUUUGUAAAAUACAUGGAAUAAAUCCUUCAGAAGAUGAAGCCUCUACAGUUAAAACAUUCCUUGUUGAAAAACUUAUGGGUGAGAAUGAAGUGUUUGCAAAAGUUGUGGUUCCAGGAAAAAUUUCAGAAGUGGAUUUAAUGCUGAAAGAUGAAGACGGUCAGUUCAAAUUAGUAUAUGAAGAUCUGAUCAAGCAAAACCUGUUGUGAUUCAAUUGAACAAUUUUUUUUUCUCAUUAUUUUUCAUUUGACCCAUUUGUGUCAUAAAAGAACUGAUGUUGUAUUAUUAUUUGUCAUUUUGAUAUAAAGUGAUCAUUUUUGUAUCUUGUGA